AGAGGAUAUUUGUCAGAAGGAAGCUGUUGCUGUGCUUUCUCACACACACAUAAAACUGCGAGAGAGAAGUUUCCCAGUCACAGUCAUCAAGUGUGCGCAAAGCACUUCCCCGGAAAAAAUAAAAUAAAAUCCUACGAGAAAAUUUGCAGACUCCAGAGUUGUUCUUACAACGAGACUUUGGAAUUUACGCACCGGGAAAAAAAGAUUUAAGAUUCUCUCGUGAGAUUGAGACGAGGCGAGGUUACAGAAAUGCAGGAAAUCCAUUCGAUCGGAGGGGGAGGGCGACUGUUCGGAGGUGUCGGUGGAGGAGGAGCCGAUCGGAGGCUUCGGCUGCAUCAUCAAUACCACAACCACCAGCAGCAGAACCAUCACCAGGCGCUCAAGUGCCCCCGGUGCGACUCGCUCAACACCAAGUUCUGCUACUACAACAACUAUAACCAGUCCCAGCCCCGCCACUUCUGCAAGAGCUGCCGUCGCUACUGGACCAAAGGUGGCGUCCUCCGCAACGUACCCGUCGGCGGUGGCUGCCGCAAGGCCAAGCGCUCCAAGCCUAAGCCUGCUUCCUCCGACACGUCAACUCCGCAGCCGCAGCGGCAGCGAGAGCGCAAGUCCAACUCUAAUUCUAGCAGCGAGAGCUCUAGUCUCACCGCCACAAACACCAACGCGGCCACGGAGGCGGUUUCAACGGAGGUUCCUUCUUUAAACUCAUAUUCGAAUCUGUUGAACGUCCAGGACUCCAAAUUGUUCAUCUCCAACCCUAGUUUCGAGACGGGGUUACUGGAACAAGGUUCCGACUGCGGAAUAUUCUCGGAGAUAGGGAGCUUCACGAGCCUGAUAACGGCGUCGAGCGAGGCAUUGCCGUUUGGAUUCAAUGGAGUUUCGGAGACGACGCCGUUCAGGUUGAAUCACCAAAGCCAUGAUCGCCAUCAACAGCAGCAGUGGCAACAGGAGGAGCAGCAGCAGUGUAAGGCGAUGAUGAGAGGUAUGGUUGGAGAGGAAACGGAGAUUCAGCAGGAGAUCACGGGGGAGCUAGUGGAUCAGACGGUCCAGCUCGAUCUAUCAUCCUUGCAGGAUAGAUCGAGCGGUGGAGGUUUCGGAUCGUUGGAUUGGCAAGUUAGUGGGGAUCAAGAUUUGUUCGAUCUACCUAACACCGUCGAUCAAGCAUACUGGAGCCAGAGUCAAUGGGCUGAUCAAGACCACCCAAGUCUCUAUCUCCCGUAAAUAUCUGUCUCGUUUUAUCUCUCUCACAUUUAACUACAUAUUCAGAUAAAAAGAAUGAAACAAAAUCAAAGAAUGAUGAAGGAGGAAAAGAAAAACAAGGAAUCUGGGAGAGAGUUAAAAUGGGAAUUAUGCAUAAUGAUGACUGUUUUUGCUAUGUAAAUUGAUGUUUGUUUGUUUUUUUUUUGGAAUUUCGUUUCUGGGUUCAUUAAUUUUGAUGAAUCCGGAAGGUGUUUGAUCAUAUAUUUGAUGUGAUGCCUACUAAUUUAUCAAAGAUAUUAAUGGAGAAGGUGUAUAGGAUCGUGGCUUCUUUUGGUUUUGCUGAUUAAAUGAUUAAAUUCAGUUUGUGUGCA